AUGGCAGACGAAAUGUCACUGUCACAGCUCCCGCUGACACUCAUCGUCGCAGCCACUGCUAAGAAUGGCAUCGGCAAAAGUGGCGGCUUGCCCUGGCCAAUGCUGAAGAAAGACAUGGCCUACUUUGCUAGAGUCACGAAACGUGUUCCGAUACCACAGAACACUGGCUCAGUACGAUCUGACGCUCUCAAAGAAAGUGUGCUAGAAGGAGCAUCCCGCAACGUGGUUAUCAUGGGACGCAAAACGUGGGAGAGCAUUCCCCCCAACCGACGACCUCUUCCGGACAGGACCAACAUCGUCAUCAGCUCACAGGACAAGUCGACUUUGCAAUCAGUCCCAGAGGAUGUCGUGGUAGCAUCUGAUAUAUCGUCUGGUCUGCAGACAUUGGAAGGCAUGGUAAAGCAAGGCAAGGCUCUGCCCGCUACCAGAGCUUUUGUCAUCGGCGGCUCGAGCAUCUACACGGCAGCGCUUGAGCUUCCACAAACGAAGCGCAUCCUCAUGACCAGGAUCUCAGAGGAGUAUGACUGCGAUACCUUCUUUCCGGAUGUCUUGGACUCCUUCUCCUCUGGCUGGGAAAAAGCAUCUCAUGCCGAUCUUCGGUCUUUUGUGGGUGAGGAAGUUGAGGAGGGCCCGGUAGCUCAAGCGAUUGACGGAGAGGAUGUCAGCAUGGAAUUUGAGCUCUAUGAACGCUGA